AUGAGUCUCCCUAGCCAUAACCUCGACGCUCUCGAGCAGCGCCGUCUCGCGCUUAAAGAAAACGUCUUUCAACUCCAAAAAUCCCUCUAUCACUGGCGCACCUGGGAAGCAGAAUAUGACGGACUCCGCGACGAAAUCAAACUCCUCCCCGAUGACGCUACUACUGACGAUUUAGUCGCCGUGGGACGCGACUUCGGGGGUGCCUUAGUGACAGAGAAGGAAAUGGAAACCAUUUUUGGGACGCGAGGCGCCGCACGAUCGAGCCAACAAAUAAUCAGCCUUCUUGGACGGCGCAUCGACUAUGUGAAGCAGAAUAUUACGACCAUGGAGAAGAGGCUAUGUGCUGCGGAGGACGAGUUGACUGCGUUGGAUGUGAGCGAAAGCGCGCCGGAUAUGGAUGGCACAGACUUUCCAAUGAGAGAAAUUAUGGAGGAGCUGGAUGAGGAUGGAGGGGUCAUCUCUGGCUCAGUAAACACGCCCGGAGAUCAGGCUCCCCAGCUGUUGGAGGUCUUGAAGAAGGUCGGCGUGGAUAAUAUUCCAGAUAAGGCUGGGAGUGACGAGAAUCCCAGUGGGGGUGCCUCUAGUACACCUUUGAAGCGGGAGGGAAACGCCAACACGAGCGCUACCGAGUCUCGGCCAAAUGAAUAUUCGAAUAGGUUCACCCCCGGUCCGGAAGCCAACGAUUCCCCUCAGUUGAAGGAAACAGAUCUAUCGGAGCCGGUAUCUAAUUUGACAGACGGGGAUCGCAAACAACCUCCCGUUACUGAUAUUGAUGAGUCGCUGGAAGAUGCCCAGUUACGCCGGGAAAUGUUUCAAUAUGGCAUUGACGAAGUGGGCGCGAUUGUCGCCGAGUUGGAGCUGGAUGAAGAUGGAAGCGACGUGUCCUUCGACGAAGACUACGCGUGGGCUACAGAUGAGGACGGUGAGGAGGAGGAUGAGUUCGGUCGAUCACGGACCGAAUUGAGUGAAGAAUAUCACAAACAGAUGCGAGAGCUAGAGGAAAAGCUGAAUGCUCGUGGUAUGUGGAAUAUGGGCAAGGAUUCGCAAACCUUCCCGAGCGAGGUACGAGAAGAAGUCGAAGCGGCAGCAGCGGCAGAAGCUAUUCAGCCUGAUGAUGUCGCGAAGAGCCCCUCAAAGGCAAAGAAACCGAAGAAGCGAGUUGCGUUCGCCGAUGACCUCGAUAUCGCUCCUGCACCUCAGGCUCCUCGUAUCGAGCAGAUCCAAACUACUGAGAAGAGAACUCUCCCACCUAAGUCUGAUGUGGUUGUACUAUCAGAUGCUAUUGUGGAACGUACAGACUGUGUGAAGGAUACCCCGCCACCAGUUCUAGCUGCAACCACUCCUAAGAAAGCCUCUCGUUUCAAGAGCGCCCGCUCAGGCGCCCCAGCCGCUGGGACUACUCCUAAGCCCGUCCCCACAAGUGGCGCGCAGCUCGCAGACUCCCAUUCCAUUGGAAAGCAGGUCAAUGCUGUUCCAUCAACAAGUCUACCAGCUCUAUUCCCUGCCACGCCCCAAACACCCAAGCCAUUCUCUACUCCGAUCCAAGACGCUCCUGGAAGUUUUUCUGCCCCUCAGCCUCCGCAAGGGAAAACGUUGGCAGACACACUGGUUGAGCGAGAAAUUGCCCCAGGAACUGCUCCCGCCCCCGAACUCGACGACCUGGACGAAGAAAUCCACCGCCGUGAAAUCGCCACUGAGUUUUAUAAGAUGCGGAACCAUAUGAUUCAACAGAGAGGUGGCUUUGUGAACAAUGAAGAGCCUGAGAUGGUUCUUAUCGAGGCUGAGGAAUCACCAAAGCGAAUGAGCAAGUUCAGAGCUGCUCGCAUGAAUCAAUGA